AUGGCUAAAAAAGUCAACUUGAAUGCUCCUGCAAAGAAGUCUGCAACUUCUUCUUCUCCUUCAGCAAGUGCACCUACUACAUCCGGUAGUGCUUUUGGAAGUAGUCCCUUUGGUGGAAGUGCUUUUGGUACAACUACUACAACUCCUCCCCCUCCUCCCUCAUCAGCACAGCCUGCCAGUCAAAAACCAACCAAACCCCCCAAGGAACUGAUUCUGAGACCCAGCGUCUCGGCUGGCAACUCUGCUGCGGCCGCAGAAUCUCUGGUCUCCCUUUAUGCCCACCCAGAUACUCUCCGGGCGUAUGGCAUUGCAUCGGGUGACCUCAUGGUGGUUUCGAAACCCGACCAUCCUGGGCUCGUCUUAAUUGCUGCUCAGACCCCUCAGUCAUCGCCCAAGGAGGUCGUAAAAAUGGCUCAUGAAACAAGACAAAUACUAGGCCUGGUGCUCGGUGAUCGCAUCGAAAUUAAAAAAUAUCACCUUGCGCGACCUGAAACUGCGUUAUCAGUUACAAUUGGGAUCGAGCAAGAUCCCUCCGAGUUCCAAUUACAAGACCAAGUGUCACAGGUCUUGACUGCUGCAGGUAUUGUCAUGCCUGGGCUUUCAUUCACCAUCGAUUCUGAAAAGUAUACUAUUCUUGAUUGCCAGACACUACCCGACAUUGCCUCUCUUUCGGUCUCUGAUGGGGCUGAGAAGGACGACAAUGAUGACUUGGUUACCCCUGUAUUUUUAUUCAACAACAAGAGUACUCUUGAGUUUACCAAUAAAACAAUGACCCCUUACAAUGUUCAAUUACCUGUGCUUCCCAGCUUUAAAGACAUUGGCGGCAUGUCCAAACAAAUUGCUCUUUUGCAAUCGAAAAUCAAGCUUCCGCUCAACCACCCUAACCUCUUUGAACGUUUUAACAACACAUCUCCGGAAACAGGGUUUCUUUUACAUGGCCCCUCAGGUACUGGUAAAAGCAUGCUGCUAAAUGCAAUUGCACACGAAAUGAAUUCACAUGUGCUUACCAUCAACGGGCCGUCAAUUGUGUCCAAGUACUUGGGCGAAACAGAGGCUGCGCUGCGUCAGGUGUUUGCAGAGGCCCGCCGAUACCAGCCUGCUCUUAUUUUCAUUGACGAGAUCGAUGCGCUUGUCCCGCGAAGAGGAUCUGACGAUGCAGGCGAAGCCGAGUCACGCGUUGUGUCCACGCUGUUGACAUUGAUGGAUAGCAACCACCGGGGCGGAAAGGCGGGCGGCAGCAGUAGCGGCAGUAGCAGUAGCAACCGGGUGAUUGUAAUCGGAGCCACAAACCGGCCCAACUCGAUCGAUCCUGCGCUGCGGCGCGCCGGAAGAUUCGGCCAAGAAAUCGAGAUUGGGAUUCCCGACGCGCAGGACCGCGUAGAAAUUCUGCAGCUGAUGCUGCAUGGAAUGCCACACAAGUUAUCUGAAGAACAGGUUGUGGAACUAGCGGCAACCAAAAUGCACGGCUACGUGGGCGCAGAUAUUAGCGCACUGGUGGGACAGUGUGUAAGCCUGGCUAUUGACCGAGGACUCGCUCAGGACUUGCCACCGGAAGAAAUGUACAUCACAAGCGAGGAUGCAGCCCGCGCAUUGCUGGAGGUGCGGCCAAGUGCAAUGCGUGAAAUAGUUUUGGAGACUCCUAAAGUGUACUGGACUGAUAUUGGUGGGCAGGAGGAAGUGAAACAAAAGCUUAAAGAAACAGUGGAUUGGCCAUUGUCACAUCCAGAGACAUUCAAGCGACUAGGUGUACAUCAACCCAAGGGUAUUUUGUUAUACGGUCCUCCUGGGUGCUCCAAGACGUUGACGGCCAAGGCUCUUGCGACCGAAGCAGGACUCAACUUUUUGGCGGUUAAGGGGCCUGAGAUUUUUAACAAGUAUGUAGGAGAAAGUGAACGAGCUGUGCGUGAUGUGUUUCGCAAAGCACGAGCAGCAGCUCCUUCUAUUAUUUUCUUUGAUGAGAUUGACGCGCUAAGUGCUUCGAGAGAGGAUGGAGGAGGUGGUGGUAGCAGUGACCGGGUGUUGACAUCACUGUUGAACGAGAUGGAUGGUAUUGAGACACUUGUAGGAGUAACUGUACUUGCAGCGACGAACCGGCCAGAUGUUAUUGAUGCAGCUCUGAUGCGUCCAGGGCGUCUUGAUCGAUUAAUUUAUGUGGGGCCACCAGAUUUUGAAGCCCGCAAAAAGAUUUUGGAGAUUCAGUUUAAGAAAAUGGCAGUCGGAGAGGAUGUGAAGAUUGACGAACUUGCAGAGGCUACCCAAGGAUGUUCUGGCGCUGAGAUUGUACAAUUUUGCCAAGAAGCAGGGUUGCUUGCAAUGAAUGAAGAUCUGGAUAUCAAGUGCAUCUAUGAUCGUCACAUGCAGGAAGCUUUGGCCGGGAUCAAGCGGGGGAUCACUAAGGAGAUGAUUGAGUUUUACGAGAAUUAUAAUAGAGAGGGUAAAGCUUGA